AUGACGUCAAGACAUUUGACCAAUCACGUAACCGAAUCAAACCAAUCAAAUACCAUCAUGUCAGCACCUGGUGAAUCGUCGUCGUCCGCCAAGUCAUGUUAUAACAACAAAGGAAUUGUUACCUAUAAGUGCUUGAAAAAACUGCUUGCUGAGAACGAUAUUCAACUCUUUGACGUGCGAACUCGACAGGAAGUGGCGGCGGGGAAAAUUCCUGGAGCUACCAAUAUACCACUAGACGAGCUUCAAGAGGCAUUGAGCCUGUCACCAGAUGAAUUUCAAAAGAAAUAUAACGUACGAAAACCGGGGCUUGAUGACGGGAAUAUUACAGUCCAUUGUAGAUCCGGUAUGCGCGCAGACUCAGCUAUCCAGAUCUUUAACAAUCUGGGCUACAAAAGAUAUUUUAGGGCGCAUAAUUUUACCGGUGGAUGGACUGAAUGGCAAAAAGCUAUGGAAGCUGACAUGGCCGCUGCGAAUGAGUGAAAACUUUCCGAGGAAAUUAUCGAGUAUUUGACGAUAAAAAAUCCAUGUUUAUAAAACUGUAAACUUGUCGAGAGCAUUAAUUUAGUUUUCCAUGGAAU